GCAAAGCGGGCGGCGGGGAGGGAGGAGAAGGGAGGCAAGAAAGUAGCAGAAAGUGAGGCUGGCAGCCGGCGGCAAAGGAGCAGGGCGAGCCGCGGCGGCAGGAAGUCUGUGCCCGAGACGAGCAGAAAUAAGAGCCAGGGAGGGACCGCGGCGGCGGCGAGAGUGAAAGAGGAAACUGCAGAAGAGGAAGCUCUGCCGCAGCACAAAGUCUCCUCCGGCUCCCGCGCCGAGCAUCCCCGCGCGCCCGCCCCAGCCCUCCCGGACAGGCUCGCCGCCGCCGCCGCCUGCGCCCCUCUCGCCGGGCGCCCCCUCUUCAGCGCGCCCACCCCAGCCCCACGCGCCCCGGCCAAGCCGCCUCGCCGCCCUCCGCACACGCCGCCCUUGUCUGCCAUGGCCCGGGAGAACGGCGAGAACAGCUCCUCAUGGAAAAAGCAAGCCGAAGACAUCAAGAAAAUUUUCGAGUUCAAGGAGACCCUCGGAACCGGGGCGUUUUCUGAAGUGGUCUUAGCUGAAGAGAAGGCCAGUGGAAGACUCUUUGCGGUGAAGUGCAUCCCUAAGAAGGCGCUGAAGGGCAAGGAAAGCAGCAUAGAGAACGAGAUAGCUGUUCUGAGAAAGAUUAAGCAUGAAAACAUUGUCGCCCUGGAGGACAUUUACGAAAGCCCAAAUCACUUGUACUUGGUCAUGCAGCUUGUAUCCGGUGGAGAGCUGUUUGAUCGGAUAGUGGAGAAAGGAUUUUACACAGAAAAAGAUGCCAGCACUCUGAUUCGCCAGGUCUUGGAUGCUGUCUACUAUCUCCAUAGAAUGGGCAUUGUCCACAGGGACCUCAAGCCUGAAAAUCUGUUGUACUACAGUCAAGAUGAGGAAUCCAAAAUAAUGAUCAGUGACUUCGGAUUGUCAAAGAUGGAGGGCAAAGGAGAUGUGAUGUCCACAGCCUGUGGGACCCCAGGCUAUGUUGCUCCUGAGGUCCUGGCCCAGAAACCGUACAGCAAAGCUGUUGACUGCUGGUCCAUUGGGGUGAUUGCCUAUAUUUUGCUCUGCGGCUACCCUCCUUUUUAUGAUGAAAAUGAUUCCAAGCUCUUUGAGCAGAUCCUCAAGGCAGAAUAUGAGUUCGACUCCCCCUACUGGGAUGACAUCUCCGACUCUGCAAAAGACUUCAUCCGGAAUCUGAUGGAGAAAGAUCCAAAUAAAAGAUACACUUGUGAGCAAGCAGCUCGGCACCCAUGGAUCGCUGGUGACACAGCCCUCAACAAAAACAUCCACGAGUCUGUCAGUGCCCAGAUUCGGAAGAACUUUGCAAAAAGCAAAUGGAGACAAGCAUUUAAUGCCACGGCCGUCGUGAGGCAUAUGAGGAAACUCCAUCUUGGCAGCAGCCUGGACAGUUCGAAUGCAAGCGUUUCCAGCAGCCUCAGCUUGGCCAGUCAAAAAGAUUGUCUGGCACCCUCCACGCUCUGUAGUCUCGUUUCUUCUUCAUCGGGGGUCUCUGGAGUGGGGGCGGAGCGGAGACCAAGGCCCACCACUGUGACCACAGUGCACUCUGGAAGCAAGUGACUGGCUCUGGAGGCGGGCCCAGGGGCGGGGCCAGGGAAGGGGGACCCCAGUGCCGCCAGCCACUCCAGAGCGAUCCCACCUUGCAUGGUGCGCCUUCCUGCACAGGACUGGAAGACAGAAGUUUUUUACGGCCAUAUUUUAUACUGCAAUUCUGAAGUGUUCAUUUCUCACAAACUGUACUGACUCAAGGGAGCUGACGUAAUAGGAUCUGGUGCUGUACAUACGAAUCUUGCAAAAGCUCUGAUGGAACAGACCUCCCGCGUCCUCUCCCCCAAGCCCUGUCAUUUCUGCUCUUCUCGGUAUGGGUAACGUCUAUGUUGUACUUUUUUCAUUAAUGACAAAGAAGGUUUCAACUGGAUUAUUUAAAGUAUUGGUAAAUAUUGUGCAUUAAGGUUUUAUUUUUUACCUUUUACGAAAUACACCCUCUGAUCUAUACUUCUUAGUCCCAUGACCUGUAUCUUUUGCUUGUCAGUAGUAGAGAUUUAUGUUAACCUUUAAGAGAUGGUUGUUUUUUUUUCCCACCAAGGGGAAUGUAAAGGUAUUUUUAAAAAUUCUAAUAAGAGGAUCGAGAAUCUGUCUCCAAGGUGAAGAGUGCACUUUACUUCUAUUUCUCCUCCUUCUCUCCCCUUCCCUGGAGGGGCAGCUCUCAAGAAAACUACCCCGCAGUUCUCGUGGCUGUCUUGUCUCCAGGGCCGCCUUGGGAAGGAAUCUGCAGAAAAUCUUUUCCAGCACCCCGCCACCCCCAGCACUCCCCUGACCAACAAGAGACCCGAGGGGCCUUCACUGUCAGUGGUUGGAAAUAAAGAAGCCUGCUCCCCCCGGAGACUAAGGCUAAACUUCAGAGGCUCCGCGUGCUGUGAAGGAGAUGCCCAGCAAAGACAUAAAAGAAUCUCUUCCACAAGGAACCAGACACCAUUUUGUCCAAAGGGAACUCCCCACUCGGCUCCCAUUUCUUACGAGGGUAACACAGAAAGCUCCGCUCUCAGCUAUGCAGUUUUCAAGUUAAUCUCUCUGUUUUUUAAAAAUGCAUUUCUAAUCUUACACUCAAAAUGGCCUCCAAAUGACACAAGUCGUUUCUGCAGAUUUUUACCCGGCACUUCUAUGAAUGUUAUCCAGGCGAGGAGAGGGAAGUGGCCUUGGAAAAGAGUCCAUUCAUGUGGGGGGUGGUAAGGAGAGGUGGCCUGCCGAGCAAGUGGGACACUGGCCACCACAGUGAUGGCCAGAGACGGCCUCCGCCAGGCCCAGCUGGCACUGGAAGCCCUCCUUCUGACCAGGGCAAUCUGAAAAACCAAAGACCUGUGAUGGUGGGGUCACCAAAGGGCCCAGGUUGCCUGGGACUGAAGACUUUCUUGGGAUGUAGGACUUUCAUUGCUAAACCCAGAGAUGUCCCUGGCAAGCUGGCCACGUUGUCAGUCUGUGUGGUGCAUAGGUGUGCAGGACAGAGCGCGGCGUGAAACCCAGGGCAAACCCUUCUCGAGGGGGCUUCCAGGACACUCUCUUGCAGAGGCAUGCGUCCCUCGACCCUCCUCCCCAUGCAAUACUAUGAGUCUGCAUUUUGCACCGUCGGCCUCAAACCCGCCACGUGUCCCUGUGGGUCUGCCUUAUGGCCCAACAACUUUACUGGCAGAAGAAAACGGCAUGAAGAUUAGAAAGAGUAUCUGAGAAAAUGGAGGUGGCUCUCCAGGAGCUUUAUUGGGGUGUUGCUUACUAGCAGGCGUAACGGAGCAUUCAUAUUGCCACAGUAUCAGAAAACAAGUAAUUAGAUGUUACAGGGGGUGAUCAUCUGCCCGGAUGUGGUCCCUGUAACGUGUGCUUGAGUAGUUAGCGGCCUUUUGGCCUGUGUGCUCGAUGCCGUCAGUUGAUGGGUGAUUAAAUUAUUUCCUAGAGCUGACACACGGGAUGCACGUUCUAUUCUAUUAGUUUGAAAGUAUGUCUUACUUGACAAGUCAUGGGAGGUGAGAGUCGAGGCCUGUCGCAGAUGUCCCCUCUGUGGUUUGGGCCAGCCCCUGGCCAUGCUUGGCCUGUAACACUUCAGGUCUCUACAACAUAGUGCGAGGAGACAGUGACUGCUUUCAGCCCCAAAAGUAAACUCUGUUGAACUUGACAUCAGGCAAGUCAAGACUGUUUCAGUGCCACCAGACUUCAGUCAUUUCCUAUUGUUUUAGGAAGAGGAGAAAAAAAUACCAUAUGGAAGAACUUUUGCUCUUUGAGAGAGCCUCCAUGGCAGAAGGAGAGAGGUUCUCUUUCAACCACAUUUGGUAUUAUUUAUGCUUUAUUAUCACAUCAUUCGGCAAGGGAACCCAGAAUGUGCCUUUUGUUAAGACCUGCCAAGUGGGGCAGCUGAGUCCCAGGCCCCUUGCCAAUGUCAGAUCCCACCCGUAGGAGCCAAGCAUCUCCUACGUGCCCCGGGCUUCCACUCCCUGUGGAAACCAGUGUGUGGCCGAGGCUCAGGGAUGGCCACUGGCCCCAUCGUGGGCUUCCUUUCAACCCCAAGCUACCCGUUGGUCUCCUAAGCUUCUCGGAGCAAGUGGAUAAUUUUUUCUACUUGAAUAGGACAUGUUGAAAUCGUGUCCUUGAACGGUCUCUCCUUCAGCUGCCUACCAAUCGUCCCUCCCUCAUGUCCCGCUUUCACCUCCUCUAUGAGACAGUAGGCAAAGCUAGCGUGGGUCUGAGACAAGCAGCGAGUGUGCGCCCACAUGCGGGCCCCCCACCGACCAGCAGCUGACCGCUCUUAGCCAGGGUGCCCCGGAGUCUGGACUGCUCACGGCUGUGCCUCACGAGCACACCAGGGCCUGGGGUAUUGGGUUAGGAUAGGGUAAAGUCCACUGGAGCCGAGAGGGGCAGGGAGUGCCGAUGGGAAGCACACCGGACCAUGGAGAACCCUUGAGAAACAGAGAAGAUGGCCUGAUAGGUUGAUCACAGCUCCAGGCAGCGCAUGGCCGUUGCAGUGGGCAGGUCUCCCCAUCUCCCACUGCCUCCAGCCCCGUGAGACAGCAGCAAGGAUAAUGUCCCCUUUCAUGUCUCCUUUGUAAAGAGCUAUGCAGAAAGCAUGCAAAAAAAAAAAAAAAAAGGCAGGGCUUAGUAUUCUUGAUUACGGCAAUGAUUCUGGUCACUUCUGAAAUCCCACCUCAAGAGCAAGGAGCAGCUUCACCGCCCUGCACGGGAGCUUGUGGCCUUGGAGAGGGUCCCGCUCUCCAACUAGCGGUUAGCGUGACGUUCAGGAAGCUCAGCAGGCCAGCAUGGGCCAACGCGAGAUGGCUUUGGCUAAACAACCAGGGCUCCGGCGCUUAGGAAGCAAAGGCUGUCUGAUGACAGGGAUUGGGCAUAGGACCCUCAGACUCAGUUUACCUGCCCGGCACCGACCUCCUCCUGUUCGUUUAUCUACCAUGGUGUCCAGCAUAUCCUGGAUGGGUUGUGGGUAGGAGAGAGGAACUCCCCUUUAGUGUGAGGGUCAAAAACACCAGGGACAAAGCGGAGGGAACCCCAGGGACCCCUCCUGAAAGGGGGUUGACCCUCUUUCUCGAGGAGUGACAACUUCAUCUGAUUAACCCAUGGGAUAUGACAUUUUAUGAGCAAUUUUAAACAGAAGAGAUCAGAUGCAGGGGAGAUAACUCAAUAUAUGAAGGCUCUGUGGCCCAGCGAGAGUCUCCACCAGCGAUGCCUCUUCGCCCUGGGGAAGCCGCACAGGGACAACGGCUCCAGGGCUGAAGACAGAGAGCCAGGGUUACUGCAACCCUUCCUACCCCACGUGACUAGCAGGGUUUCCUUUGGAUGUGUGAAGGAAAAGCCAGGGCUGGCAAAGGGCAGCUCCUCCAAUUUCAUAGACAGAAAUAAGAUGUACUCUUUCCCAGGGUCACACACUCACUUCUGGCCAAUUAAAUGAAGGUCCUCUGUUUCAACCAAUGCACGAAACCUUUGCAUGUCCUUCUCAAACAGUACUCCUCCGCGUUCUGUCUACCCACACUCGGCAGAAGAGUUUGCCUUUUCCUUAAACACAUUCCAGACCAAACACUGUUCAGUUUGUUUCAAAAAAAAAAAAUAUAUGUAUACCUGUAUGUAACCCACCACUCUUUUGGGGGGGCACCUGGUCCUCGGUUGGGGCUGCAAGUGUACCUGAUAUUUGCAAACCAGUGUUCCAGCCCUUUGGUUCUCAGAUUUGAAAGUGUUGAGCUAGAAAAGGUGAACUGGACAGAGUCCUCAGAGCGGGACUUAUUCCCUGAAGACACCAAGAGACCCCGUCUGCUGGUGAGCUGGCUCCAAAGCGCCCACCGCGGACAGCAGGCACGGAGGGGAAAGGAAGACAGAAGCGCACGCCCCCUUCCGCCGCCCGUACCCCACUUGUGGUCCCAGUGCACCACGGUCUGCAGCCUGGCCGCGGGCCCCGGAGCCCAGCCCCACUGUGAAGCCGGCCCCGCAUGCUGGCCAAGGCCCGGCCCGCCUCCUGCUCCACUCGGAGUCAGACCAUCAGACCGGAAGGAGCAGCAGCCCUUCCCCGCCUUCCCUGCCACCUGUGACUGGAGUGGCUCGGCCUUGUGGCUCUGGGGGGCUCCGCUUCUGCAAACCCAAAGGCUGUGCAUUUGGCAGCCAAGCCCGCAGCAUGUGGCUGCCAGGUCUGGUUUUGUGGACAAAAGUGAAGUGUGGAAUGGCUUCUCGGUGUCUGUCUCUCUCUACACCAAAGGGACAAACUGUUGCAUUCACCCUUUGUACUAACGCUGCUUCUGCAUUUGCCAUAUCUAUUUUUUAACCUUUUGGUCCCCAGGGAACUUCUCAUAUGGUGAUUUGUCUUCUGAUUAUUUACUGAAUUAUUUUACUUAAAGGUGAUUUUAUUUUCUUAUGGGCAGGAAAAAAAAAAAGAAAAUGAGAGGAGUGUUUGAGGCUUCAGUCAGAGAGAGAAGUCAUCACCAGAGACUCCAAAGCCCCAAACACGAAAUAAAUUAGUCCUCAAAGGAAAACCUUCAUCUGGACAGAUAGAGACUGCCAGGCCCUCGUGCCAGCCCUGCAUUUGUGGGGUAGGGCCUGGGGCAGGGCUGGCUGUCGGGCUGUCCAGAGGGAGAAAGAAGGAACAGGAGCAUUGUUCGCUUGGCCAUCGGUCAUACACACAGAAGCCUGCCACCCUCCCUCCGGGGCCCCGGCGUCAGAGUGUAUGACGAGCCAUCCAACGACAGCAGAGAGGCUGCGGGACAUCUUUGUUCGCAAAGAUGGGCAGCACGUUUCAGAGAACGUUUAGCUUAGUGCCACUUUUCAGGUUGGAUGACAUAAAAGGCACGUUCUGUCCAGGAUAAAAUUUGGAACAAUUUCUUAAUUGGCCUUAGUCACUUCUCUGAGCCCUCCCACCAGCGAGCGAGCAUGUUUUCCAAAAGCUUACAACUGGCGAAUCCAGGAAUGUCCUCGCGUCUAUUAUUACAAGGCUUGUGAUUGGUUCAAUUUUCCCAUAAAAACACGUUUGUCCCAAAGAAGGGAAACUGUGCAUUUAGUCCAUGCAUGUAACAAACUCUGCAAGAAGUUUAACCCACAUAGGUUUGCGGCGCUGCAAAAUUGUUCAUGGGCCUAUGUAGCAAAUGAUUCUCUGCCUUGACAAUCAUGUACACAUAUCAAGAUUUCUAUCAUAAUGAUAACGAGAUUGACGACUUCUUAUUUUCCUCCAAUAAAGACAAUUAAUCACCUUCA